AUGUGCCAGAAUUCUGGGAGCCUGCAUCUAACUGGACCUCUGAAGGACGCGACUUUCUCUGUUCCAGAAGGAUCUGGAGUUCGCCUCAUAUACCAGUUCACAGUUGAGCCGCCUGCGGUGAGCUUCAGAACGACUGGGGAAAAAGAUGGAAUACUCGACAUAGACCCGAAGACGGGAGUCCUGUACCUCAAUGGGUCUCUAGACUGGGAGACCAAAACCAGCUACAAUCUGCAGGUGGAAAGUCUGGAUGAAAAUGGACAGAGAGUAAAAGGUCCAUAUACUGUUACGAUACUCGUUGAGGAUGUUAAUGACAACCCACCAGAGUUUGAUCAGCCAACAUAUGCUGGAGUAGUAAGGCAGAACUCCCGUCCAGGCAAGCCCUUCAUGUCUGUCUAUGCCACUGACCGUGACGACCCUUCAACUCCUCAUGCACAGCUGGCUUACAGCAUUCUCCACCAUUUUCCAAACCCUUAUCCAAAAAUGCUUUUCCAGAUCAAUAAUGUAACUGGAGAAAUCUCGCCAAGUAUAACAGGCUCUUACUACUUAGAUCCCCAAAAGCAGGACUCCUUCACCCUUGUGGUCUCUGUGAAGGACAUGGCGGGGAUGUCAGUGAACGGUUUCACCAGUAGUGCUGAUGUGUUCAUCACUGUGAAGGAGAGUCUCUGGAAGGCACCCUCCACCAUCUACCUCCAAGAGAACUCCACCCAGAAACACCCUGUCAACAUCACACAGGUGCACUCAAAUGAACCAAAUGUAACUUAUGAGCUUUUUGAAAGAGAAAAGCUGCCCAGGCUCCCAUUUUCUGUUGAUCAGAACGGGAUUAUUUAUGUGACUGAGCCAUUGGACAGGGAAGAAAAGGAUACUUAUUCAUUCUUUGUGAUCGCCAAAGACAAAGAGGGAGAACUGGUGGACAAGCCUCUGCAGGUUGUUGUUGUUGUUCAAGACAUAAAUGACAAUCCUCCUGUGUGCCAGAAAGCUCUCACUAUCCUUGAAAUCCAAGAGAAUGAAGAUGUAGGAAGUAAUAUUGGAACCGUGUCUGCUACGGAUAUGGAUGAGAAAGACACCCUGAAUUCCCGUCUCCAGUUCAAAAUUGAGAGCCAGGUUCCUGCAGUUCCUGCAAGUAAUCUGUUCUUUAUUCAGCAAGACACAGGAGUAUUGCAGUUAAUUAGCCGUUCAUUAAACAAGCAGAUUGCUUCCAACUACUCCUUGAAGGUGCUGGUGAAAGAUGCAGGAUUCCAAACAAUCUGUGAUGUGCAAAUACAUGUCAUUGACAUCAAUGAUCAGAUCCCCAUCUUUGAAAAAUCAGAUUAUGAGAAUGUGACUCUUGCUGAAGAUCUCCCAGUAGGAACAGUGAUACUUGAAAUUCAAGCUACUGAUGCAGAUGAGCCUCUCACGGGGAGUUCUUACAUCACUUACGAGAUUAAGGAAGGAGAUCCGAACAAAACGUUCAUCAUAGAGACAGAUCCCAAAACAAACCGUGGAUAUGUCAAGAUAAACAAGGCUCUUGAUUUUGAAACGACUCCAGUGUACAAUCUGCUGAUCCAUGCCACAAACCCUGAACCUCUGGUGACAGGAGUGGAGUAUAACUCAAGCUCCUUUGCAGUCUUCAAAGUUUUUCUAAGCAAUGUGGAUGAAGCACCUGUUUUCAGCCAAGAAGCUUACAUAACAGAAGCACUUGAAAAUGUUCCUGUCGAUACGCUGGUCGCAACAGUGGAAGCCUUUGAUCCUGAGGGGGAUACUGUACGAUACUCCUUAGAAGGAGAUGUGAAGAAAUGGCUGAGGAUUGAUUCAUCCACUGGGGAGAUAUACACUGCCUCCUUGAUGGAUCGAGAACAAAAACAAGCAUAUGAAGUUAAGGUUGUUGCAUCAGAGACAAAUAAUGCAGCUCAAAAAUCCAAAGCAACCUUCAUAAUAAACUUAAAGGAUGUGAAUGACAAUCCUCCACGCUUGGCUAUGAAUUAUGUUCCGUUCUUCUGCCACCCACUUGCUGGAGGAGAGAGAACACUGAUUCAGGCUACUGAUGAUGAUGAACAGAGGUUUUAUUCAACAUUUACCUUUUCUCUUAAGGAUGAUGUGGAUACAAGAAAUAAUUGGGAAAUCUCAAAAAUCAACAGUACUCAUGCUUACCUUUCUCCAAGACAUAGUAACUUUGAAGAGAAGAUCUAUAGUGUUCCAAUAAUAAUUAAUGACAACGGAAGACCACCUUUGGAAGCAGAAAUAAAUCUUGAAGUAAACAUGUGCAGGUGUUCAAGUGAAAAGUCAUGUUUUAUAGAAGUACAACGUGAGCACUUUAGGCCAAGCGCAGGCCAAGCAAUUGGGAUUCUUCUUGGGGUGUUGCUCAUCAUUGGUGCCAUUCUGGGGGGUGUGUUUUUUCACAUGAAAAACAAAGAGAAAGAUAAAAAGAAGACCCAUCAAGAAGAUGCAAAGGAUCAGUCUGAAGUCGUUACUCUGGCUAAAUGA